AUGUUCGUAGUGAAGCGAGAUGGGAGGCAAGAGACGGUUCAGUUCGACAAGAUUACCGCCCAGUUGAAGAAAUUGAGUUAUGGCCUCAGCAGCGAUCACUGCGAUCCGGUUAUGGUUGCUCAGAAAGUCUGCGCCGGAGUCUACAAAGGCGUCACACCACAUGCUUCACGUUUGGAUAGCGAGAUAAUCUAUGAUCGGGACUUAGACUAUGAUUACUUCGCUUUCAAGACACUUGAGAGGUCAUAUCUCUUGAAGAUCCAAGGCAAGGUUGUGGAACGACCACAACAAAUGUUGAUGAGGGUAGCUAUUGGAAUUCACAAAGAAGAUAUUGAUUCUGCUAUAAAAACAUACCAUUUCAUGUCACAAAGAUGGUUUACUCAUGCUUCUCCUACCCUUUUCAAUGCUGGCACUCCAAGGCCCCAAUUGAGUAGUUGCUUCCUGGUAUGCAUGAAAGACGAUAGUAUUGAGGGUAUUUAUGACACACUCAAGGAGUGUGCUAUUAACAGCAAAUCAGCUGGCGGGAUUGGGGUAUCCAUUCACAAUAUCCGUGCCACUGGAAGUUACAUCCGUGGAACCAAUGGAACAUCUAAUGGUAUUGUUCCAAUGCUGCGGGUAUUCAAUGAUACAGCUAGUUAUGUUGAUCAAGGAGGGGCCUUCGCUGUGUACCUUGAGCCUUGGCAUGCUGACAUAUUUGAAUUUUUGGAGCUGAAGAUUAACCAUGGGAAGAGCAAGGCAAAGAAAGUUGUUGAAGCACGAGAGCUUUGGUUUGCAAUUUUGAGGUCCCAAGUUGAAACUGGGACGCCUUAUAUGCUCUACAAGGACGCUUGCAACAGAAAAAGCAAUCAGCAGAAUCUCGGAACAAUUAAAUCUUCUAACCUAUGUACAGAGAUCAUUGAGUACUCUAGUCCUACAGAAACUGCAGUUUGCAAUUUGGCAUCAAUUGCGCUGCCACGAUAUGUUAGAGAAAAGGUAGAUAUCCAGGGUAUCCCAUCAGAAUCACAACCUUCCAAACUGAAAGAAGUGAUUAUUUCCUGUGUCGAUUCAUACAUAUACAUUGUGGUCACUGCAAUAAUCAUUGCAAAUUUGAACAAAAUAAUUGAUUGUAGUUACUACCCCAAUGAAACUGCAAAACUGUCAAAUUUACGUCACAGACCAAUCGGAAUUGGAGUUCAAGGUCUUGCAGAUACCUUCAUAUUACUUGGCAUGGCCUUUGAUUCUCCUGAGGGCAUUCUUCAGCCAGAUAUGUGGGGAGUUACACCAUCAAAUAGAUGGGAUUGGGAUGCUUUACAGGCUAUGGUAUCAAAACAUGGUGCGAGAAACUCCCUGCUUGUAGCACCCAUGCCAACUGCUUCAACUAGCCAGAUUCUUGGGAAUAAUGAAUGUUUUGAACCAUACACUGGUGAGUUUGUCGUGGUGAACAAGCAUCUGCUUCAUGAUUUAAAUGAGAUGGGCCUUUGGGUUCCAGCACUUAAGAACAGGAUCAUAUACGAAAAUGGCUCAGUUCAGAAGGUUGCUGAAGUACCUGAAGACCUAAAAGACUGCUUGGGAAAUCAAACAGCUCCAGUUGUAGAUAUGGCUGUUGAUCGUGGAUGCUACAUAGACCAGAGCCAAAGCCUCAACAUCCACAUGGAUGAACUUAAUUUCGGAAAGCUUACUUCAAUGCAUUACCAUGCUUGGUCAAAGGGUUUGGAAACAGGGAUGUACUAUUUACGAACACGUGCUGCAGCUGAUGCUAUCAAAUUUACUGUGGACACCUUGAUGCUUAAGGAGAAACCAAAAGUGGCUGAUGAUGAUGAGACUAGGAUGGCUCAGAUAGUGUGCUCUCUAACAAAUAAGGAAGAAUGCAUGGCUUGUGGAAGUUGA